UGAAGCUGGGAGAGCUCAUUUGGAAGAAAGGGGUACUAGAAAGUUAUCUAAGCGCUGAAAAGAAACCAUAGGCACCUAUUCUGCUUGAGGUGCCUGACAAGCUGACUCUCUAAGGGACUCGCUUUUAGAUGGAUGUUUGUCUGUUUGUUAGAAGGAAGAUUUUACAAUGAAUCCUUUGCUUUUAAGCUUACGAGAGCCCCCGCGGUGAAACUGUGGCGCAGACUUACCUUCUGCUACCCUGUUGCUGCAGCUCUACCAGAAAAGUUUUGGAAGGAAUGUCAGCUGUGUACAGCUCCUGGAUCCAUCAGCUAAGAGAGGACAAACCCUAGGGGAAAGCUCUAAUGACUGAGCGGGAUCUGGCAUCUGACCUGGAGAAGAUUUUCCCCCCCCUUGCCCUUGAAGAUUUCUUUUGGGAAGCAGUGAUUUGGCUGGUAGAGAUCAGAUGAGAAGGCAUCGUGAAGCUGUUCAGAAGGACUGGGGAAGUGUUUAUUGUUGAUGUGUGGUGUGUUGAAGAGUCAUCCCUUUUGACAGAAAGUUGUUGGGAACCAGUAUCAAGCUCUACUGAGGCAGGGAAUCCAUCUAGUCAUGGAGGAGGAACAAGCAGCCUGCCCCGAACCCCAGCCAGACAGCAUGAUGUCUGAUGCGUUCUCCAAACUGUGGACGGAUGUAAUGGGAAUACUGGACGGGUCACUGGGUAACAUCGAUGACCUGGCACAGCAGUAUGCAGAUUACUAUAACACCUGUUUUACUGAUGUGUGUGAGAGGAUGGAGGAGCUGCGCAAACGGAGGGUUUCUCAAGACCUUGAUAUGGAGAAACCCGAUGCCAGCCCCACAUCGCUACAGCUGCGGUCCCAGAUUGAAGAAUCACUUGGCCUCAGUAGUACUGUGUCAACACCAGAGACUGAAAGAAAGCUUUCCCUUCAUAAAUCAAGUUCUGAAGAAAACUCUGUAGGGAAAGCAGACUGGAAAAAGAAGAAUAAGUAUUUUUGGCAGAAUUUCCGAAAGAAUCAGAAAGGAAUAAUGAGACAGACUUCGAAAGGAGAGGAUGUUGGUUAUGUGGCAAGUGAGAUCACAAUGAGCGAUGAGGAACGGAUCCAGCUGAUGAUGAUGGUGAAAGAGAAGAUGAUCACUAUUGAGGAAGCACUUGCUAGGCUGAAGGAAUAUGAGGCCCAGCACAGGCAGUCAGGCAUCAUAGACUCUACAGAUUGGCCUGACGGCUCGUACCCAACAUUUGACGGGUCUUCCAAUUGUAAUUCAAGAGAACAAUCGGAUGAUGAAACAGAGGAGUCGGUGAAGUUUAAGAGGUUGCACAAGCUGGUUAACUCUACUCGCAGAGUCAGAAAGAAACUAAUUAGGGUGGAAGAAAUGAAAAAACCCAGCACAGAAGGUGUGGACGAGCACUCACUUGACAGCUCUCCUGUACUGGAUGACAGAUCGGCACUUUACUCUGGAGUUCACAAGAAGCAAUUCUACUUAGAUGGCUCUUCUGAAAAGCAGCCUGAGGAUGACUUGGACUCAUUCACCACUUCUCCUUCAUCCAGCAGCCUAGAUACUUGGGGUGCUAAUAGGAAGCUGGUUAAGACCGUCAGCAAAACUGAUAGCCGUGGCCUUAUUAAGCCCCCCAAGAAGCUGGGGACAUUUUUUUCUUACCCAGAAGAGGAGAAGACCCAGAAGGUUUGCCGCUCUUUGACAGAGGGGGAGAUGAAGAAGGGCCUUGGCUCCCUGAGCCAUGGGAGAACCUGUAGCUUUGGAGGAUUUGACUUGACAAAUCGUUCAUUGCACGUUGGAAACAACAACAACUCUGACCAAACGGGCAAAGAAGGAGACUUCAUUUAUAAAGAAGUGAUCAAGUCGCCCUCUGCCUCCCGUAUAUCUCUUGGCAAAAAGGUGAAGUCUGUAAAAGAAACCAUGAAGAAAAGGAUGUCUAAAAAAUAUAGCAGCUCUCUGUCAGAGCAGGACUCCAGCCCUGAUGUAAUGCCAGGUUCUCCGCAGUCACCACAGCCAGAGACUGAUUCUCUGGAUAAGCCCAAACUGAAAGCUGGUGGUUCAGUAGAAAGCCUGAGGAGCUCCUUAAGUGGUCAGAGCUCAAUGAGUGGUCAGACAGUGAGCACGACAGAUUCCUCAGCCAGCAACCGGGAGAGUGUCAAGUCUGAAGAUGGUGAUGAUGAAGAGCCUCCCUAUAGGGGACCUUUUUGUGGACGAGCCAGGGUUCACACUGAUUUUACACCCAGCCCUUAUGAUACUGACUCCCUGAAACUUAAGAAAGGUGAUAUCAUUGAUAUAAUCAGCAAACCUCCCAUGGGCACUUGGAUGGGCCUGUUGAACAAUAAAGUGGGCACUUUCAAAUUUAUCUAUGUGGACGUGUUAAAUGAGGAGGAAGAGAAACCAAAGCGGCCCACAAGGAGACGACGGAAAGGAAGACCACCUCAGCCCAAGUCUGUCGAGGAUCUCCUUGAUCGUAUCAAUUUAAAGGAGCACAUGCCCACUUUUCUAUUCAAUGGUUAUGAAGAUCUGGACACUUUCAAACUGCUGGAGGAGGAAGAUUUGGAUGAGCUGAAUAUCCGAGACCCUGAGCACAGAGCUGUUCUCCUCACAGCUGUGGAGCUUUUACAGGAAUAUGAUAGUAACAGCGACCAGUCGGGGUCUCAGGAGAAACUUCUCAUAGAAGGCCAGGGACUGAGCAGAUGCUCCCCCCGGGAUUCUGGCUGCUAUGAAAGCAGUGAAAACCUGGAGAAUGGCAAGACUCGGAGGACCUGUCUGUUGCCCACAAAGUCAGCCAGUGAGCACUGCUUUAACAGAAACCAACUGCCAAGUUAUCCAACUCUGCCUUUGACUAAAUCGAUAGAAGCUCUCCAGCAAGGAAAGAAGGAAAUCCGGUUGAGUUGCUUUCAUCAUGCUCCCAAGAGCUGCAUCAAGCCUUCAAGCAUCACAGGUUUGAAGAAGAACCGCAGAAGUUUACCAGCAGCUGUCUGCCGGAGCUGUGAGACUCUGGAUGGCACCCAGAAUGUGGCCAAGUGGCCAAGAUCUCAUUCACUGGAUGACCUCCAAGGAGAAUCCAGCACUGACCUACCGAACACUAGUAAGAAAGUAGAUUCUUUCCCUCAGGAUGCACUGGAUGUAGCAAAAAAGACAACUGGGUCCGUCCUGAAGCCUAAGGUUCCUGGGGGUGGCAUGAGGGCAGAAGAGAAUCUACCUAAGCAAAGUAAAGGAACUGCUGACUCUCAGAAGGGAAAAGCUAGGAAAUUGGACUGCUCAGUAACAGAGACUUCAUGUGGGACUCCUACUCAGUACCUGCUUAAACGCUGGGAGGCUCAGCCUACUUCAGUUACACACAACGUAACAAGGACACCUCUGGAAAAUCAUCAUAAAAGCAGUCAUGACCUUGAAAGGGCUAAUAACUCUCCAGUCCUCAAGGAAGGUCUCAAAGCUGAGGUAAAGGGCGUGAGCGAGGCAAGAAUUCAGUCAAAAAAUCCUUCACAGCCACCACCAGUCCCUGCCAAAAAAAGCCGAGAACGCCUUUCUAAUGGACUAUAUCAUCCCCCUCUGACCCUAAGUGGAGCCCUUUCAAGUCCAGAUGCACCAUGUUUGCCAGUAAAAAGGGCCAGUCCAUCCAGCCCCAUUGAUUGCCGUGUAGUACCUGCCUGUAGACCCUCUUCUGAGCAGCCCAGUACCCCACCAAGCACACUGCCCCCUUGGCUAGCUGAGCUUUCUGAGACUGCUAGCAUUCAGCAACAUGUGGUAAAGCUAGGCCCUGCUUUAGCCAGGAAAGUCUCUUGUACUAGAGGACUGGAUCUGGAAAUGUUGAUAGAAAACAAGUUGCAGUCUGAAGAGAUUGAUCUCACAGAGGAACCAUAUUCAGACAAGCAUGGUCGCUGUGGGAUUCCUGAAGCUUUGGUGCAGAGAUACUCUGAAGACCUAGAGCAGCCUGAAAAGGAUGUUGCUACAAACAUGGACCAAAUCCGGGUGAAGCAGUUGAGGAAGCAGCACCGCAUGGCAAUUCCGAGCGGAGGGCUCACUGAAAUCUGCCGAAAACCUGUAUCCCCUGGACAUAUCACAUCUAUAACUGACUGGCUGGUUUCUAUUGGCCUGCCUAUGUAUUCUAGCUCACUCACAGAAGCAGGAUUCAACACGCUAAGCAAAGUGCCUUCUCUGUCACAAACUUGCCUUCAAGAAGCUGGCAUCACAGAGGAGAGGCACAUAAGCAAGCUCCUGGCAGCAGCAAGACUCUUCAAACCCCUCAAUCCAGAGGCAAUUUAACAUGCUCUGGAAUGUGGCACUGCCUGAGACCCCGCUGCUUCUUACUGCACCAGUUUUGCCCUAAUUUCUCCACACAGCAAAUGGGAUCAAGCAAGUGGAUCCCAGGGAUAGGCAAAUAAACUCCUCAGAGGAUCUUCCUUUUUUCUGUCUUUAGCAACUAAAGGAGAAAAGAAGCAACUGCCAGGUAACAGAAGUGUGGUACUUCCUUAGUCCUCAACAACAACGUAUUUUUAGUUCUGAAAGUGCACAGGGCUAGCCUGUGGUUAGACAGCACCCCAUGUGACCAUUAAGCUAAGGGACCCUUGCACACUCUCCACAAGUUUGUGACAGCUACACCCGCUGUCAGCCCUGUUUCUGUUGCAAGGUCUCUAUGAAUAGAAGGCCUUUUGUAAAGCUGGGUCCCAGUUACCUAGAGUCAGCCCUGAAAGCCACGUACAAGCCAAGGUGCAGCUCACCGGCAAAAGCUGUUUAGCAAAUCUUCUUGGGUUUUUUGUUUGCUUGUUUUGUUUGUUUUAGCAAUCAAAUGCUAAAUACAUACCCUUUUUUGUCAUCCUCUCUGUUGCUUGGUAUAGUUCCUGUAGACCACAGAGCCUUUAGCUAGGCCAGAAUAAUGGAUUGGAAUUAGUUUACAAUAUUGACCAUUCCGGUUGUUCCAGUACAACUAACCUAACAGAGUCCAAAACUCCUUUUGUGUAUAGAAUUGGGGUCAUUUUUGUAACUGCUUUCUCGCAACCAGCUUUUUUUACUUGCCUUAAAAUCAGCUUGUCAGCAGUUAUCUAGUGUUCACUUAUCUGUAUCCAACCUUGCUUCAUCCUGUCGUCGUUCCAUGGCACUUAGGGUGAUUUUCAGUUAAAGUAACUUCUAUAGAUUGUCUCGUAACAUCUUCUGUUUGUAGAGGUGCUUUUGCAAAUGCAGAGUUUCCAUUGUCAGGCUAACUGUUCGCAGCGGUCUGCAUUUGCUGCUGUUAUUAAAAUGUUCAAAGUUAUCUUGCCUUGUAUAUAUGUAACUGCUUUUCAUUUUAAUCAUAUUUUUAUGUACUGUGUUAUACUGUCAAUCAUUAUACUGCAGCUUUGACUUGGUAUCCUGACCAUAUCAAUUCAAAACAUUGGUUUCUUCAAAUGAAAGGUUGCCCUGGGGAAAUAAAAUGCACCGAAGAAGCAA